AUGUCUAGCGCUGCAACCCCAACCUCUCCCGCCAUUGUCUGCCCUGACGACGACAAUUCGAUCGAUAGCCAACUUAUCGACGGCCAGCUCUUCCAGUACCUUGUGCAGUGUGAUACCGAUAUUACUGAUGACAAUUUGGCCCAAUAUCGCUACCAGACUUUCACCGAGUGUGCCGCCGCUUGUGGCAGUGCUAACUAUGGCUUCAGCUCAGCCGUUUGUCAGGGUGCCGUCUUCUAUCCCGGUGCAGAAUCAGGCUCGAACUGUUUCUUGAAGAAAUCUGCCAACUCGACCGUGGUCGCUGGAGGUAUCAAUGCCGUCAUUCUCCUGAGAAUUGAAGUCGCGGUGAACGAGUCUUCUACUCCCAGCGCAGUAUAUCUUCCCUCUUCAACAGCUUCCAGCAUCGACACCUCCUCCAUGCUCUCCUCCAUCUUCCAGAACAGCACCACAUCUAUGCCCAUCAUCACGCCUGCUCCUGCAAAAGACUUGCCACGAGUUACUCAACCUAUGUUUCUGGAGGAAGCACUUAUUCGUCCGCCCAAAUUUAUUCUACCUACGUCUCCGGUAACGGUUCGUGGUACGAAUCCUACUACACCACUUACACUGUUGCUUGGGCAGCAUCUUCCACUCAAGAGGUAUCUUACGCGACUUCUUCCUCGUCGAACAGCGACAGCAACGGCGGGUCUUCUGGCAGUGCCAACGGAGGAGAUUCUGCUAGUGGAUCUGCCGGAUCUUCUUCUGGCAACUCGACUGGAGGUAGCGGUGGCAGUGGCGGUGCUGCUGCUGGCUCGGGUUCGGGUUCAGGCAGCUCCAGUGGCUACACCAUCACUACGACUAUCUACAACAACACCGAGACCAAUGGAAACCAGCAGAUUCGCAACGAAACCAUCGUGA